AAACAAGUUUAAUUGACCGAGGUACCCUUAAGCUCACGCCCUCAAUAUCGAAUUUCGAGUUCAUGCAACGGCUGUCCGAGUGACGGUACCAAGAUAUUACGCGGCGGGAAGACUCGCUACAAAGUGUAGACCACUCCUUCUCCACACUGUUUAGCGUUUUUUUGCGCUACAAUACAGCUAGCCUAUGGCAUACUAUGAGCAUGUAGUAGUAGCGCUCGGUCUUAGUACUCUUGCGACCGCAUUUUCUUCGAGCUCGGGCCUUCCGCCUUGAGGUUACAUAUUCGCCUAUAGCGAAGGCGAAGCGGAAGUCUCGUAAAUUGUAACGGCCUCGGUGAUUUCAGCCUAUAAAAUACCAGUAUGCUAUGGCUUGACGUCCUUCACUGCAACAAGUUUCAUGAUGUUUGCUUCCCGCUUCGCCAUUCUUGCGCUGUUCACUUUCCUCGCUGGUGCCAACGCCACUACAACGUCAUGCGCAGCGUGUGAAGAUACUUUGGAAGUCGACGGUAUGGCGGUAUAUACGCUAGCCAACAGCACCGUUGAGACCAAUGGGUACACACUUUGCACUUACACCAAUUCUAAGCUGGGCACUAAGGUCUCCUGCGAGUAUUCGGACACCGGCAUAUACGAGGAUGGGGAUAGCUUGUGUCCGCUUGUGUCAAGGGCGCAUGCGCGUGGAUGCUGAGCAAGGUGUAAAGUGGGAACAGCCCGACGGGAGCAGCAAUUUUUGUUCUGCAGGCAGCUGGGCACAUCAGUAGAUUCCAUCCGUUACAAGAAUUCCUUUCAUGAUAUUACAUUAAUCAACCGCUUGUAAUAGUCAAUCUCCUUAAGCUCUUAUCUCGUUCAAGACUUCUCUGCCAGUGCCUCAAACUUAUUAUGAUCUUGCCCAUGCUUUCCAUCUCGUUGACCGCAGACCUCCUGCCAGACUGCGAAAGACCGAGACCCAAACCUUGUGCAGAAACCUAUCAUAAUUGCACUCAGCCUGAGUUAUGCUUCAUCAAAGAUACAAUGAUUUCUUUUUCGGGGGUACAUGGAAUAUUUGUGCAGGCUCCUUCCCAGCCCCCGAUUCGAGUGUGGAGGGGCGAAAUCUGAGGGCACUGGUUUGAUGUUU